AUGGGCCGAGAAGAACAAGUCGAAGAACGCGAAGUUCUCGACUCCAUCUUCCCAGAUGAAAUCACAGACAUAUCCGAGACCGAGUAUCGCAUAUCCAUAAAACUCGACCUCCCAGACGACAACAACGAUGACGAAACAGACGAACCCCCCACCCUCGUCCUGCACGUGCGGUACCCAGACGACUACCCCGACGAGGCGCCCAUCCUCGACCUCUCGCCGCCGCAAAACGCCGCCUCGCACCCGCACUUCUCCAUCGCCUCCGACAAGGCGCAGCUGCUGAAAGGGCUCGAGGACGUCAUCCAGGAGAAUAUGGGCAUGGCCAUGGUGUUCACGCUCGUCACGACGCUCAAGGAAGAAGCCGAGCAGCUGAUCGCGGAGCGGCGCGCGGCCGCGGCUCAAGUGCACGAGGAAGCCAUGCUGGCCGCGGAGCGCGAGGAGAAUAAAAAGUUCCACGGCACGCCGGUGACCCCGGAGACGUUUCUGCAGUGGCGCGAGGGCUUCAUCAAGGAGAUGGAGGAGAAGCAGCGCCGGGAGGAAGAGGAGAAGCUCGCGGAGCUGAAGAAGGCUAAGGUGAAGGAGCCGGUGAGGUUGACGGGCAAGCAGCUCUGGGAGCGCGGCUUGGUGGGUAAGAUUGACGAGGACGACGAGAGUAUCCCCGUCGAGCAAGUUGAGAAGCUCAAGAUUGAGGCAUGA